AUACUCAAUUUUGAGAGAACCAAUGGCCCAAGACCAAGAGGGGUCAGCAAUUUUAUCUUUCUAUUUUUAUAUAUAUAGAAGAAGGCGGACGUAGACUUUUGUCACCAAGCUUAACCAUUAGAUCCUUCCAAAACUAAGAGUGCCAUUAGUGAGCUUAAAGAGUACUGUGAGACUCAUCAACAACUAAAGCUGUCUCAAUUUUCUUUUAUUUUCUUGGCAAAAAGUUGUUAGUGGAAAACUUAAGUGAGGCAAAAAGAGAAAAGGGAGUGUCUAAUUAAGUCAAUUGAUUGAUUGUUUAAGAGAGAGAUCAGGAUAAUGGUUAGACCCCCUUGUUGUGACAAAGGAGGAGUGAAGAAAGGGCCAUGGACUCCUGAAGAAGAUAUAAUUUUAGUUACUUACAUCCAAGAACAUGGUCCUGGUAAUUGGAGAGCUGUUCCCACCAAUACUGGGUUGCUUAGAUGCAGCAAGAGUUGUAGGCUUAGAUGGACAAACUAUUUAAGGCCAGGAAUCAAAAGAGGCAACUUCACAGAACAUGAAGAAAAGAUGAUUGUCCAUCUCCAAGCUCUCUUAGGCAAUAGAUGGGCUGCAAUUGCGUCUUAUCUUCCACAAAGGACAGACAAUGACAUUAAGAACUAUUGGAACACUCACUUGAAGAAGAAACUCAACAAAGCCAAUCAAGUUUCUCAUCAAGAACAUGAUCAAUCAAGAGACCGUUCCUCACUCUCUUCUUCUCCAUCGUCUUCGUCAGCUAAUUCCAACUCAAACAUCGCAAGAGGCCAAUGGGAAAGAAGACUUCAAACCGAUAUUCACUUGGCGAAAAAGGCUCUCUCUGAGGCUUUGUCUCCUGCCGUAGCACCGAUCAAUACAGCAACAACAUCUUCUUCUACUGAAUCAAGACGUUCUACUUCCUCAGCUAGUGGGUUUCUUAGGACGCAAGAAACAUCUACCACUUAUGCCUCAAACACCGAGAACAUAGCGAAAUUGCUCAAAGGGUGGGUGAAGAAAUCGCCAACUCAGAACUCCGCGGAUCAAAUGGUUUCUCCGGAUUCUGAGACAAAAGAAGUGAUCAAGAGUAAUGUCGAGAAGGACUGUGCAUGGGCAUUUCAGUCAUUUUCAGGGUUCGAUCACUUAAAAGAUCGUGACUCAGCUGGUGUUUCACCUGAUCACGAGACCAAACCAGACAUAACUGGAUACAGUAACCAAAGUCAAUGGUCUUUGUUCGAGAAGUGGCUGUUUGAGGAUUCUGGUGGACAGGUUGGUGAUAUUUUAUUGGAUGAAAACCCUAAUUUCUUCUGAAAAUUUUGGUUAAUCAGAUGGUUUUCGAAUUAAUUAAGUCGCUAAAAUUAUGGUUAGCUGAAUCGUUUAUAAUUUUAUUUAUUUUUAUUCGUUAUAAUGAUGGGUUCUUCUACAACUGGCCUUGUGAAAUCUCAAGGGGCCUGAAAUACGUCCACCCAAUGAUUUUAGUAUUGGUGUAAUAGUUUUCUAAUACUCAAUUUGUUAUUUUGAACUAUUGUUUUUAUGUUAUUUGCAUGUUUUGUUUGUAUUCUAAACAAAUUUAAGAACAAUAACUCUCAAAUAUAAUGUUUAAGAGAUUAAUACCGUUA